AUUGCUCUCCCCUCCCCGUAUUUCUGACUCCCGUCGUUGAUCGCCUCGCUUUCCCAUCUCGCCUCGGGCCCCUAAUUCGAUCGCCCGAGCACCUCCAAGAACCCUAAUUUCUCAAGGAUCCCUAUGAGCGUGCGUGAUUCAAGCCUGAUCAAACGUUGGGUUUCGGGUUGAGAGUAGCUUGAAGAGCUGCUGCGGCGACGUUAAGGGAUCCUCUGCGGAGGAAAUGAGGGAUGUUCUCAUGGAUGGGGAGGAUUGCGGAGGCAUGCUGGGGCCCAGUCCGGCGGUACGCGCGUAUGAGGAAGGAUGACGAUGACGAUGACGACGCAUUGCUGUGGUCGAAGGACAUCGGGCGGCACGCGGCUGGGGACUUCUCUUUUGCUAUAGUCCAGGCUAACGAGGUUCUCGAGGACUACAGUCAGGUCGAGAUCGGGAGAGACGCCAUAUUUGUGGGGGUCUAUGAUGGUCAUGGCGGGGCCGAUGCUUCUCGCUUUAUCUCGAACCAUCUCUUUCUUCAUCUCAUGAGGUUUGCUCAAGAAUUUGGAACCAUUAAUGAGGAUGUAGUCAGGAGUGCAUUUUCUGCAACUGAGGAAGGUUUUCUUGCUCAUGUUCGGAGAACAAGUCAAAUAAAACCUCUAAUUGCUGCUAUGGGCUCAUGUUGUUUGGUUGGUGUAAUAUGGAGAGGAAAGCUCUAUCUGGCCAAUCUUGGAGACUCGCGGGCUGUUGUUGGUUACUUAGGAAGGUCAAAUAACAUUAUUGCUGAGCAGCUGACACGGGAUCAUAAUGCUGCUAUGGAAGAGGUGAGACAAGAGCUUAGAUCUCUUCAUCCAGAUGAUUCAAACAUUGUGGUCCUUAAGCAUGGAGUAUGGAGAAUUAAAGGCAUAAUUCAGGUUUCAAGAACUAUAGGGGAUGCAUACUUGAAGAAACCAGAAUUUGCUUUAGAUCCAUCCAUUACUCGUUUCCAUCUCACUGAACCUCUAUGCCGGCCAGUUUUAACUGCACAACCAUCAACAUACACACGAGCAAUUCUUCCUCAAGAUAAGUUUGUAAUAUUUGCUUCUGACGGGCUCUGGGAGCACCUUAGCAACCAACAAGCUGUUGAAAUCGUCCAUGAUCAUCCAAGAGAAGGAAUAGCAAGGAGACUGAUCAGGACUGCAUUACAGGAGGCUGCUCACAAGAGAGAAAUGAGGUAUGCUGAUCUCAAGAAAGUCGACAAGGGAAUUCGCCGCUUCUUCCAUGAUGACAUUACAGUCAUUGUUGUCUACAUAGAUCAUGAAUUUUUGCUGGGACCAAAGGCUUCUGUAGCAGAGUUAUCGAUCCACGGGUUUGCUGAUGCCAUUGGGCCUUCAAAUUUUUCGAUGUUGGAUGGGACAAAUUGAAAAGAUUUUACUGCAUGAUAGGGCCGCAUUCUGUUAAAUUUAGUCUUAUUUGGUUACUUUGUUGUCGUUUGCUUGUAUCGCAGUGGACUUGGUUCGAUAUCUUUGAUCUUUCUAUUUCAAGCUGUUUUGUUCA